CCGCGCCUUCAUUCUUCAAACCCUCAACACACUCGCCCUGGUGCCGAUUCACAAGGCACCUAUAUCACCACGGCGUCAGCCUACUUUCUCCUGAACCUUCAAGACGUAUCUGCUCGACCAACGCCACACAUCUCCAACAACAUCCCUCCCCCUCGUGGACAGACCUCUUGAGCAGCUCGACCUCCUGUUCUUUUUGUCACCAACACCAACCCCGGACGCUCCAUCUACCCAGCUGCCGCAUAGCACGUUCUCUGUGGUUCUUCCCGAGUCGGGAAGACCUUGCCAAAGCCUAGGCUUCGCGCCCUUCAAGCCCCCAUAAGAUAGCCUUCGGCAUCAAGCAACCAAUCUACAUACCACCAAUCAACCACCCGGGAAUUUCUAUCCAGGGCAUGGCACCUUCUGCUAUCACCACUACCGAAGAAUACCAGACGUUGAAAGACUCCUUACAGUCGCUCAAUUCCCAAACACUGGGUAGUGUUGAAAAUCAUGGCGCCUGGAAAUCCAAGCAGCUGAUUGGAUCGGCCCUGAAAAGCCGUGUCGAGGCUAUUGAUCAUGACUCCUGCGAUGUAGGCGACGAAGAUGCCUUUUUCAUCGCCGACCUGGGCGAGGUCUACCGCCAGCACCUCCGCUGGAAGAAGAAUUUGGCCCGUGUGAAGCCGCACUAUGCUGUGAAGUGCAACCCAGACACGCAGGUCCUGCGCCUUAUGAGCGAGCUGGGCAUGGGCUUCGACUGCGCCUCCAAGAACGAGAUUGAGACUGUGCUCAAAUUGGGCGUCGACCCGGCCCGAAUCAUCUACGCCCAACCCUGCAAGACCAAGUCCUACGUCCGCUAUGCUGCCAACUCGGGCGUCAAGCAGAUGACCUUUGACAACGCCGAUGAGCUCUACAAGACAAAGCAGCUUUUCCCCGAUGCUGAGCUGUACCUGCGCAUCUUGACGGAUGACUCUGGCAGCCUGUGCCGCCUGAGCCAGAAGUUUGGUGCUUCUUUGGACACCACCGCGGAAUUGCUCGAGCUUGCACACAAGUUGGAGCUCAAUGUCGUGGGCGUGGCCUUCCAUGUCGGCUCGGGAGCGUCUGACCCAAAAGCCUUCAUUAAGGCGGUUCAGGACGCCCGCUUUGUCUUUGACCAGGCGGCUGCAUUCGGCUUCGACAUGCACACGCUGGAUGUUGGUGGUGGCUUCACGGGUGACAUUACCUUCGAGCCCAUGGCCGCUGUACUUUCCGCCUCUUUGGACGAGUACUUCCCUCCUCAUAUCCGUGUCAUUGGCGAGCCGGGACGCUACUAUGUGUCCACUGCCUUCACCAUUGCAUGCCACGUCAUUGCUCGCCGCACCGUCGCCGAUGCUACUCUGGGCACGACCUCUUACAUGCUGUACCUGAACGACGGUGUCUACGGCAACUUCUCCAGCAUCAUCUUCGACCACCAGCACCCUGUGCCACGUGUUCUGAAGUCUGGGAACGAUGUCUUGUACGAUGUUCGUACUUCGGGCUACGACACUCCAUCUCAGGUGGAGUACUCUAUCUGGGGUCCCACUUGCGAUGGCAUCGACAUCAUCUCCUCCAGCUGCUCGUUCCCCGAGUUGUUGGAUGUUGGCGACUGGCUGUACUUUGAGGACAUGGGCGCUUACACAAAGUGCUCUGCCACCAAGUUCAACGGCUUCACCGACAGCCACGACGUUGUGUACGUGUGCAGCGAGCCUGGUGCCAAGGCUCUCAUGGGAAUGUAAUUAUCCAAGUAUGCGAGGCGUAGUAUGAGAUGGAAAAGUGAUCGCGUGGUUUAGUGCUUUUGUGUCUUUUCAAAAGUUAUUCGUAGAAACUAUAGAUGUCAUUUCCUUG